UUUAACUUACAUCACCGGCAGUAUCACUGAGACAGGAGGAAAAUUAUGAAGAAUCUGACUAAAUUAGUAUAUUUCAGUUGUGCUGAAUGUUCUGUUACAACUUGUCGUACGAAAUUUCCGAUUCCACCUGGGCACAUGCUACCAAUUAUUUAUGGAUGCUCUCUCUAUGUUUGUAGCCUACAUGACAUCUAUUAACUAAAUCCACAAUCAGGGAAGACUGAGAGUAUUAAGGGCCCUCAGGCAGUGCCCAAUUGACCAACUGCUCAGUCCACCCCUGUCCACAAUACAGAAUUUUUUUUUCUUCUACAAUAUGUGUGCCACUCGGAUAUGCCUCAGCCAGCAACAAAUAUUCCAAGUGUUGUGUAGAAAAUAUAUCUGCAUUGAAUAUUUCCUACACAUAUAAACAGAAUCCCAUGAGAUAUUUAAGUUAAUUUUUGGGCUCAAAAAGCAAAAAGCAAGGCCGUUUAGGGGGACAUGGAGUUAUGUACAGGAAGAGUGUUGAUGCAAAGAGUUCAGACCAUUUCUGGUCAAGAGAGACUUUGAACCGAGCAGUCGUUGGCAUCUUCACUAUCUCGUCCGGCAGCUUAUUCCACGGAUCCGCAACACGGACAGAGAAAGCUCCUCUCCUUCGAUUGAGAUGAAAUCGUCGCAGAGAUGGAUAUCAUAAGACAGGAAAUUGAACCAUUAUAGACUAUAUCCACAGACAUCAGUUUUGAGAUUUCUUCAGGGUUAAUAUGGAGGAUGGUAAUCACUCGGACACUUCUAACACAACUGUUUCUGGGAAUAUAGAUUCUGUUAAACAGACAUCCAGUGCUGAGGAAGCUUUGUCUUAUGGUAAUAAACCUUUAUCUCAUAAAGAAAAGUCAUCAGAGAAAAAUAUUAAUUGUAAGAUAUGUCGAAAGUCAUUUUCCAGUAAUAGGUGUUUAGCAAAUCACAAAAAACUACACACAGAAGGAAAACCAUUUCAUUGCGAAGUCUGUGGGAAAUCGUAUGCAAAGAACGUUCAGCUUGUUGUCCACAUCCGUAGUCACACUGGCGAAAAACCUUAUCAUUGUGAUGUCUGUGGCAAACCCUUUGCAAUUCUUAGCUGUUUAACAACUCACAAAAGGAUUCAUAAUAGGGAGAAACGUUACCACUGUGAUAUAUGCGGAAAAUCUUUUGUCGAUAAAAGUUAUUUUACGAACCACAAAAGGUUUCACACUGAAGGCAGGCUUUAUUGUUGUGAAAUUUGUAAUAAGUCUUUCGUUGCUAAAAGUCAUUUAACAAGGCAUAAAAAAGUCCAUUCUGGGGAGAAACCUUACCAUUGUGAUAUUUGUGGGAAAUCUUUCGCCAUUAAUUGUUCUUUAACGAAUCAUAAACGGAUUCACUCUGGAGAAAGACCAUUCCAUUGUAAGAUAUGUGAGAAAUCAUUUGUCAGUAAUAACUAUUUAAUGAAGCACAAACGAAUUCAUUCUGGAGAGAAACCUUACCGUUGUGAGACAUGUGGGAAAGAAUUUGCUGUUCUUAAUUGCUUAACGAAUCACAAGAGUCUACACUCUGGGGAAAAACCAUUCCGUUGUAAAAUAUGUCGGAAAUCAUUUGUUAAUAAAAAUUAUUUUACAAAACACAAGAAAAUUCACUCAAGGGACAACCCCUAUUGUUGUGAAAUCUGUCAUAAAUCUUUCAUAUCUAAAAAUCAUUUAACAACCCACAAAAGAGUUCAUACCGGAGAGAGGCCAUUCCACUGUGAGAUCUGCGAAAAGACGUUUACUACCAGUUAUUCUCUUGGGGUCCAUAGAAGGAUACACUCUAAUGAAAGACCUUAUGGUUGUGUGAUAUGCGGGAAAUCUUUCCUGGUGAAGUUCCAUCUCAUUAAACACAAGAGGAUUCAUACUGGGGAAAAACAAUUCCACUGUGAGAUCUGUGGAAUGUCGUUUGUGGAUAAGAGUUCUUUAACAAGUCACAAACGAGUCCACACGGGGGAAAAACCGUUCUUUUGUGAUGUAUGCGAGAAAUAUUUCUCCUCAAACAGUAAUUUAACCAGGCACAAAAUAAUACACGUUGGGAAAAGAGAAUUCCAUUGUGAAUUAUGUGGGAAAUCUUAUUUUAAUAAUUGCGAUUUGAAAAGACACAAAAUAAAACAUGAUGGCGAAAAAACAUUUCAUUGUGAAAUUUGCGGGAAAUCUUUCUUUGAUAAUUGUAGUCUUACGGCUCACAUUCGUAGUCACACUGGAGAAAAACCUUAUCAUUGUGACAUCUGUGAGAAAUCUUUCUCUUGUAACAGUAAUUUAAAAAGACACAGACAACAACACAUUAGGGAAAAGGCCUUCCGUUGUGAAAUAUGUGGAAAGUCUUGCUUUGAUAAUUGUGAUUUAAAAAGACACAGGAAGGAACAUGAUGGUGGAAAAACGUUUCACUGUGAAAUCUGCGGAAAGUCGGUUGCCAGCAGUUACUCUCUCAGAAUUCACAAACGGAUACACUGUGACGAAAGACCUUAUAAUUGUGAAGUAUGCGGGAAAUCUUUCUUGGUGAAGUUUCGUUUUGUUAAACACAAAAGAAUUCACUCUGGAGAAAAACGAUUUCAGUGUGAAAUCUGUGGAAUGUCGUUUGUCACCAAGAGUUCUUUAAAAAGUCAUAAAAGGGUACAUACGGGGGAAAAACCGUUCUUUUGUGUCGUAUGUGAGAAAUAUUUCUCCUCUGACAGCAAUUUAACCAGACACAAAAUUAUACACAGUGAGAAAAAAGAAUUCCACUGUGCAGAAUGCGGAAAAUCUUAUUUCAAUAAUUGUAAUUUAAAACGACACAAAAGAAUUCAUGUGGGAGAAAAAACAUUUCACUGUGACACAUGUGGGAAAUCUUUCUUUGAUAAUUGUAGUCUUAUUGCCCACAUUCGUAGUCACACUGGGGAAAAGCCUUAUCAUUGUGACACAUGUAGGAAAUCAUUCUUCGAUAAUUCCGAUCUUAUUGUUCACAUUCGUAGCCACACUGGAGAAAGGCCGUAUCAUUGUGACAUUUGUGAGAAAUCAUUUACCUGUAAAGGUGACUUAAAUAAACAUAAACGAAGACACACAGGUGAAAAACCUAAUUGUUGAAUCUGUGGGGAAUCAUUUGUGUGUCAUUUUAAUUAGAACAAACACACACAACGGAGACAAUAUUGAAAUGGUUUGUUUGAAGAAUUCUCUAGAAAUGGAAGCAGAAAGAACAAAUUACUGAGAAAUUUAUGUAAAAAUUUGUGAUAAAAUAUUUGCAUUUUUCUCUUA